AUGUCCUCUCAAAAGCGUGGCCGGACGGUCGAAUAUGAAGAGGAUGGCUAUAGUCCACAUUCUAUCGACGGGUCGAACUCGCAUAAGAAGGCAAGGACCCUUCAACCACAACGCCGUCAAUCAAAAACUGCCGAUACAGAUGAUGGGUACGAGCGCGAUGGCAUGUCCGACACGUAUACGGAAUCCGGUAUUUGGACCCGACCGGCUUUUGAAGCGAACAAGGGUGAGGGUUUCGAAGACGUUGAGGAUGAGGACUUAGAUACUCAAAGAGCAACGCAAAUAAUCCAGCGACGAAAUCGACUCCACAUGGAGAACAUGGCCGCAGAGAAUGGAGUCGUGGAGGCAAUUACAUGUAUAAAUUUUAUGUGCCACACAAAACUUCAUGUUUCCCUUGGACCUUUAAUAAAUUUUAUUAUUGGGCACAAUGGGAGUGGGAAGAGCGCAGUGCUUACUGCUCUCACGCUCUGCCUCGGAGCAAAGGCUACGUCGACGAACCGUGGUCAGAGUCUGAAGAGCUUCAUCAAAGAGGGACAAGAGUCCGCGACGUUGGCCGUGCGUGUGAAGAACAGAGGAGAAGGUUCUUACCAAAAGGACAUCUACGGCGAUUCUAUUAUUGUGGAACGCCAUUUUUCCAAGUCUGGCGCCAGCGGCUUCAAGUUGAAAAGCGCCUCUGGGCGUAUCAUUUCCACCAAGAAGUCCGACCUCGAAGAAAUUUGCGAUCAUUUCUGCCUCCAAAUCGAUAACCCAAUGAAUGUAUUGUCUCAGGAUAUGGCGCGCCAAUUUCUGAACAGCUCCUCUCCAAGCGAGAAAUAUAAAUUUUUUGUGAAGGGUGUGCACCUCGAAGAUCUCGAUCAUGACUACCAGUUGCUGGCUGAAACAAUAGAAGGAGUUGAGACCACGCUCAACAACAAGAAAGAUGAUCUAAGUGCGUUGAAGAAAGAUGCAGAUCGAGCCCGAGACAGACUAGCCUUAUCAGACAAACAUGACUCUGUGCGGCAGAAGAUACGAAAUCUCAGCAGACAAAUGGCGUGGGCGCAAGUUGAGCAGCAAGAAAAGGCUCUUGAAGGAUUCCAGAGAAAAUUGGAUGAGGCAAACCAGGCAAUCGAAGAAUAUCAAGCUCGCGCCAGUCGAAAGGAGAACGACUUACAAGAUGCGCAUCGAAAGUGGGAGGACUCUAAAGACGAGGUCAAGCUCGCCAAGGAUUCUCUCCUCCCUCUACAAGAAGAAAGGAAACAAAAAAAGGCAGAAUUCGAGAAGAACAAGGCUGAUCUGUUGUCCGUUCAGACAGACCAAAGGUCCAUCAGGGACCACCUCAAAACUGCAGAAGCGACGAUCACGAAAGCCCAGGCAGAGAUCAGCGCCGAAUAUCAGAAGUUGGAGGACAUCAAUGGCGGCAGCCACAGCAGAAAACUACUCGAAAUCGAGGAAGCCCAAAAGCGAGCGACAGAUGCGAGAGCUACAUUCGACCAACAUAUCGAUCGUUUGCCAGAGCUAGAAAGGCUUCUUCGAAAAGAGAGAGAUGACGCAGAAGCUAUCAAAGUACCUUUGCAGACUAAGAGGGCUGAGAUUCAACAAGGCGAAACCCUCCUGCAAAGUCUUCUACGAGAUCGUGGUCAGCGCUAUGGCGCGUUCCACGAGAACACCCAGCUAUUACUUCGCAGUAUCGAAAAUGAGAGUGGAUUUAAAGAGAAGCCUAUUGGGCCGGUCGGAAAUUACGUUCGUUUAUUGAAGCCUAUUUGGUCCAACGCCCUCGAAAGGUCAUUUGGCGGGACAUUAAACAGUUAUAUUGUCACGAGCAAACAGGAUCAGACUAUCCUAUCCCAGCUGAUGAGAAGAGUCAAUUGUGUCUGCCCCAUUCUGAUAGGUAAUAAGCAACCAAUUGAUACGUCAGCACACGAACCAGAUCCAGAUUUUGACACAACGUUAAGAGUUCUCGAGAUUCAAGAUCAGCUUGUUCGCAGUCAAUUGAUCAUAAACCAGGGAAUCGAGCAAACCUUGCUCAUUGAAGAUCGCGAAGAAGCCGUCCGAGUGAUGUACGACGGUUCUCGACCACGAAACGUUAAACAAUGCUUCUGUUUGCAAGAGAACCGGCGAGGAUGGGGUUUACGAUUUGCGUUUGGCCGAAGUGGAGAACCUAAUUCUAGCCCAAUAGAACCAAGGCCAGGAAAGCCCAGGAUGAAGACUGAUAUCGAAUCCCAAAUCAACUACCAGAAAGAGACCUUGACCCAACUGAAACGCGAAUUGAAUGAUCUCGAGGCUCGUCGUCGGGAGUUGGAAGAGGGCGUUCGAAGACGUGACCAAGAAAUUGUUCGACACAAAAGGCGCCAGAGGGAUUUACAAUUAGACGUCCAACGAGCUGAAGAACAUCUUGAAAGCCUUCAGGAUGAACUCGACAAAGAAAACGUGGAGGAUGGAAGAUUGGAGGCUCUCAAGACAAAUCUGCAGGACGAGCAAGAUAACAAGGCCCUUUUGGAGAACUCUUAUGAGGACGCAAUAAACACUAAAGAUAGACUAAACCAAAGGUCGAAGCAGUUGCAAGACCAGCUUGACGUCAUGGACGAGGGCAUCGUGAACGGGGAAGCAGUAGUCAGGAAAGCGGAAACCAAAUCCCAGCGUCUGGGCGAUGCUCGGCAAACAAAUCUAGAAGAGUGUAAUGCAUCAUUUGACCGGAUAGAGGAUGCGAAGUCGGAAAAGAAUCGCGCCGAGAGCCGGCUAAAAGGUCAAGCAGAUACAGUUCAGCAUUUCAUCUCUCAGGCAAGCAGAGUUUCUGACCGUGUACCCAUUGAUGCUGGGGAGACACCAGACAGUAUCGACAAAAAGCUUGCAAAACUAUCAGCGGAUCUGGCAAGGUUUUCCAAGGAAAUGGGCGGGUCAAGAGAAGACAUCGCUGAAAGAGCGGCGACUGCCUCCGAGGUUUACAAGAGGGCUGAGGUCCAAGUCGAUGAUUUGGAAGAGUUAAUUCAGAUACUCAAAUACGCCCUAGGCGAUCGCCAAGAGCGUUGGAAGAAAUUCCGUCGAUUCAUCUCUUCCAGAGCUAGAGCCACAUUUACUUAUCUUCUUAGCGAACGCAGCUUCCGCGGGUCUUUAAAAACAGAUCAUACAAAUCAUGUAUUGGAUCUUCAUGUCGAGCCAGAUGAAACAAAGACGGGCAAAGGUCGUCAAACUAAGACUUUGUCGGGCGGAGAGAAAUCAUUCUCGACCAUCUGCUUGCUUCUGUCGCUAUGGGAAGCAAUGGGGUCGCCAAUCCGAUGCCUCGAUGAGUUUGACGUUUUUAUGGACAAUGUAAACCGCGACGUCAGCAUGGGAAUGAUGAUCGCUGCUGCAAGGCGUUCGGUCAGCAGGCAAUUCAUUCUCAUAACACCCCAAUCAAUGAGCAAUGUCAAUCUUGCCGCAGAUGUGAAAAUCAUUAAGCUCAACGACCCAGAACGUGGACAGACAACUCUCACAUUUGCAUGA